UGUUUUUUUUUUUUUUUUUUGCAACCAUUUGCCUCUUGCACUGGGCGUAGGGAAGCGGCGGUGGGUGCGUGCAGGGGGGGCCCGGCUGCCUGGCCCCCCAGUGAAUGCAAUAAACAAUAAUCAUCCUUACAGGGGGAGAGAGAGAGGCGUUUCCCUCGGAGCAUGCAUCCAUGGGCGGACUGAGGCCGGGAGGCGGCGGCGGGGUCGGUGUUGCAAGAAGACCCCUUGGCAGCAGAUGGGAUUUGUGCCUUAUUUGAGGAUCUCCGGGGCAGUCCCUCUCCCCGGUUGUGCCGCUGUCGGGGGGAGAGGGAGGAGGAGGAGGUGGGGAGGAAGCUGCCUUGAUUAUUUUUGCUGCUGCUUUGCUUUCCCGGAUUCCCACACAGCGAGGCGGUUUUUAAAUCUGGAUGAUUAUGCAUGGAAAAUCGCCCCCUCCCCGUGAGGAACCAACGCGUGCGGGCAGACAGCUCCCCCUGAGCCUGCCUGCAAUUGUGCCUUAACUUGUGCGAGUGUGUGGGGAGGGGAGCGAAGCCGUUUUCCUUGCGUUUGAUUUCCCCCCCCCCCUUUGGAGGGGAAUCAGUGAUCAUCUGGGAUUUCCACCUCCAGCAAGUCAAUCCUGCCCCGACGGCUGGAUUUCCUCUCCUUGCAUGGGGAGAAGCGGCGAGCUGGUGGAGAACUCUCGGGCUUGGUUUUUAUGAUUAUUUGCGGGGGGCCCGUUGCUUUGAGCCCCAGCCCGGCGUGUGUCUGUGCCUUCUACGCUGCCCCUCCCCCGCUGCCUGCCUUUGGAAAUUGGGAUGCUACCAACUGAGUUUCAGGCGACGCUGACACUUCGCUCCGUGGGCUCGUGAUCCUGGAAGUGGGUUGAGAAUAUUGCUGCACAACUCACCUGGACGGAAUUGUCAAUUCCUCCCCCGUCAAAGAACAGAAGCCUGGGAUCUAGUUUUGUUGCUAAACAAAAGUGGAGACAACUGCCUGGUAUUGCAGGGCCACAAAACCAUGUCUGCUAAAGAGAACCCCUGCAGGAAAUUUCAAGCCAACAUUUUUAAUAAAAGCAAAUGUCAAAAUUGCUUUAAACCUCGGGAAUCCCAUUUGCUCAAUGAUGAAGAUUUAAACCAGGCAAAGCCCAUCUACGGCGGUUGGCUGCUGCUGGCACCAGAAGGGACGGACUUUGACAACCCUGUGCACCGUUCCCGGAAAUGGCAGCGCCGGUUCUUCAUCCUCUACGAACAUGGUCUGCUGCGCUACGCCCUGGACGAGAUGCCCACGACCCUCCCCCAGGGCACCAUCAACAUGAACCAGUGCACGGAUGUUGUGGAUGGGGAGAGCCGGACGGGGCAGAAGUUCUCCUUGUGCAUCCUGACCCCCGAGAAAGAGCACUUCAUCCGAGCUGAGAACAAGGAGAUCAUCAGCGGGUGGCUGGAGAUGUUGAUCGUCUACCCGAGGACAAACAAGCAGAAUCAGAAGAAGAAGAGGAAGGUAGAGCCCCCAACCCCGCAGGAACCUGGCCCCGCUAAGAUGGCUGUGACCAGUAGCAACAUUCCUAAUGCAGAGAAGGUCCCCACUACCAAGUCCACACUCUGGCAAGAAGAAAUGAGGGGCAAAGAUCAACCAGAUGGGAGCAGUAGCAUCAGCCCAGCCCAGAGCCCCAUGCAGAGCCAGGCCAUGCCUGCCAGUUCCUUGAAGGAACCUGUGUUGGAAAGCAAAGAAGAUGAGAGCUCCAUGAAUGGCGACAGGAUAGACUGUGGGCGGAAGGCACGUGUUGAGAGCGGUUACUUUUCCUUGGAGAAGACCAAGCAAGACUCGAAGUUAGAAGAGCAGCAGCUGCCACCUCCACCAUCCCCUCCCAGCCCCAGCACCCCGAACAACAGCUUCUCACUGAACUCCCUGGAUUCAAAGAGUACUUACCCCACGUGCAAGGACUCCAGCUGCAGAGACGGGGGAAGGGGAGCAGAAAGAACGGACCUCUCCCUUUCCUUCAAAGCCAGUCGGCAGUACGCCACCCUGGCCGAUGUUCCCAAGGCCAUUAGGAUCAGUAACCGAGAGGCCUUCCAGGUGGAGAGGAAACGGCUGGAGCAGAGGACCCGGGCCCGCAGCCCUGGAAGGGAAGAGGUGGCCCGGCUCUUUGGCAACGAGAGAAGGCGGUCCCAGGUAAUUGAAAAAUUUGAGGCAUUAGAUAUAGAGAAUGCAGAGCAUAUGGAAACCAAUGCGUCCGCAGGCCCCUCUCUUUCCAGCGAGACACGUCAGGGCAGGAGCGAGAAGCGGGUUUUCCCCAGGAAACGGGACUUCACCUCUGAAACUGCAGCAGUAGGAGCCAUCCUGGAAGUCUCUGCUUCCCCUUUAUCUCCACACCGUAGAGCAAAAUCACUGGAUAGAAGAUCCACUGAGUCCUCCAUGACGUUUCCCCUGAAGACUUGGCUAGUCCUAUGGGACUGGGACAUUUAUUAUCAGCCGGACCUCCUGAACUUCAAGAAGGGAUGGCUGACGAAGCAAUACGAGGAUGGGCAGUGGAAGAAACACUGGUUUGUGCUGACGGAUCAGAGCCUAAGAUACUACAGGGAUUCCGUGGCAGAGGAGGCAGCUGAUUUGGAUGGAGAAAUUGAUUUGUCUACAUGCUAUGACGUCACGGAAUAUCCAGUUCAGCGAAACUAUGGCUUCCAGAUCCAUACUAAAGAAGGGGAAUUCACCCUCUCUGCCAUGACCUCUGGGAUUAGACGAAACUGGAUCCAGACGAUUAUGAAGCACGUUCGCCCCACUGCCGCUCCAGAUGUGACCAGCUCCUUGCCGGAAGAGAAAAGCAAAACCAGCUCUUCCUUUGAGACCUGUCCAAAGCCAAGUGAGAAGCAGGACUCUGACCAAGCUGAGAUGGAUCCUGAGCAGAAGCGGAGCCGUGCCCGGGAGCGCAGGCGAGAGGGGCGCUCCAAAACCUUUGACUGGGCCGAGUUCCGCCCCAUUCAGCAAGCCUUGGCACAGGAGAGAGCCAUUGCUGCAGAGUCCUCGAAGAGCAGCUCUACGGCCUUCCCCAGGGAACCCAGCGCUCCGGACACAGACCCCGGGGAGCUGGAACGGGAACGUGCUCGGCGGAGAGAGGAGAGGCGCAAGCGCUUUGAGAUGAUCGAUGCUGUUGAUGGGGCAGGCCCAGAGGACGUAUUGAGGAUGGAGGUGGACAGGAUCCCAGGCCUACCCAUCACAGGGGAGGUGAAGCCACAGAAUGUUCAUGUGGAGAUCGAGCAGCGAUGGCACCAGGUGGAGACGACCCCUCUGCGGGAGGAGAAGCAAAUCCCCAUCAUGCCCCUGCACCUGGCCCAAUCGGAAGACAGAGACGACGGGAUCCACAAGCAGCAGCUAACCUCACUGCUGGAGAAGGAGUUGGAGCAGAGCCAGAAGGAGGCAUCAGACCUCCUCGAGCAGAACCGGGUCCUGCAGGGCCAACUGAAGGUGGCACUGGGCCGGGAGCAGAGUGCCAGGGAAGGCUACGUGUUGCAGACCGAGGUGGCAGCCUCACCAUCGGGUGCCUGGCAGAGGCUCCAUAAAGUUAAUCAAGACCUCCAAAGUGAGCUGGAAGCCCAAUGCCAGCGUCAGGAGCUGAUCAAUCAGCAGAUCCAGUCACUGAAACGUAGCUAUGGUGAGGCAAAGGAUGUGAUCCGGCACCAUGAAGCCGAGAUUCAGAGCCUUCAGGCAAGGCUCAGUAAUGCUGCAGCUGAGCUAUCCAUCAAAGAGCAAACUCUGGCCAAGCUGAAGAGUGACUUGAAGAGUGAGAAGGAGAAAGCCAAAGAGCAGCUGGAGGAGUGGCAACACAGCGAGACCACUCUGAGCUCCCAGUUAAAAGCCAGUGAGCAAAAGCUAAAAAAUGCAGAGGCGCUGCUGCUGGAAAAGACACAGGAGCUGAGGGAUCUUGAAAUGCAACAGGCAUUACAAAGGGACCACCAGAAAGAAGUGCAGAGGCUCCAGGACAGGAUUGCAGACCUGAGCAGGCAGCUGAACGCUAGUGAACAGGCUCGGAUCCUAAUGGAGGAGAAGUUGCAGAAGAAUUAUGAGGCUUUGUUGGAAAGCUGUGAGAAGGAAAAGCAGGUUUUAAUACAGAGUCUGAAGGAGGUGGAGGAUAAGGCCAGCGAGUAUGAGAAUCAGCUUCAGAACAACGAGCAGCAGAUGGAAAUUCUUCAGAAAGAGAAACUGAACGCAAAAUUUGAAGGCAGCGAGAUUGUCCACCAGCUAGAGGAGCAACUGGAGAUGAAGGAGGCCAGCAUCCAGAAGCUUGCUGAGGACAUCAAGGAACUUGAAGGGGAGAGAGAUCAGAUCAAAUGUAGGUUCCAAGAGCUGAUGAAUCAGGUUGAAGAGUCAGAUAAUGAAGUUGCCAAGUUGCAAGCAAAGUUGAAAAUGGAGGAGACCAACUAUGAUAAGUUGGAGCAAUUGUACGAGAAAGUAUCAGAUCAGUUCCAGAGCGUGCAAAAGGUGCUGGAAGAAAAAGAGGAAGAGCUGAGACACGUUAAGGAAAUGCACUUGAGAAUUGUUGAAAAGAAAGAUCAAGACCUCAAUGAGGCUUUGGUUAAAAUGGCAGCUUUGGGCAGCAGUUUAGAGGAAACAGAAGUAAGGCUACAGGCCAAAGAAGAUGUUUUAAAGAAGUUAGCUAAUGUGGACUCAGUACCGUGUGCUAAAGAGAGAGAGGACUUCUGCACUAAUCUUGAGGCUGAUGAAAGUCACAUUCCAGACAUGCCAGCUCCUGAGGGGCUUCCAGGUUUGAAUUAUGCACUAGAGGAGGAGGAUGCUGAACGUCCUGAGACCAACCAGAGACAGGCUGGUGAGCAUACCAUGUUGAAUGCGGAAGAACUUAGGUCUCUGUUAAAGUCUACAGAGUUUCAAGACAGAGAGCCACUACAGAAAGCCUUAGCGAAGCCUGAUAUAGGAACCCUAGGUGCCAAAAGACAAAGAAUCCGCUUCUCAAACAUCCAGUGCCAAAAAUACAUCCAUUCAGAUGGGUCAGAGAAAAAUUGGACUAGUAGCACGUCUUCAGACACAAGCCAGGACAGAUCACUGUCUGAGGAAAGCAUGUCAUCAGAACCAGUUCUUGGUUACCCAGCCUCAGGAACCAGUGACUCUGAGACUUAUCUCUCAAUCAUCCAUUCCCUGGAAACCAAACUUUACAUCACGGAGGAAAAGCUCAAAGAUGUGUCCAUGAAGCUUGAAAGCCAGCAAGGCCAUAACCAGGAAACCUUGAUAGCCCUCCACCAUCAGUGGGCCAGCACAGAGUCCCAGCUUAGGGAACAGCUCCAAGCUAGCUUAUCCGAAGUUGGUGCUCUGGUUUCACAGCUGGAAAAUGAGAGACAGGAAAAGUUCAGAAUGAUAAAAAAUCAUGUCAAUGAGCUGGGAGACUUCCAAGUGAAAAAUGAUCAAACCCUGAUCUGUUUAGAAAAAUGCAGAGAACAGCUAAGGGCUUUACCCAAAUCUGACAAGGAGAAAGAGAGAGAUUUGUUUCUUACCACUCUGUCCAGCAUGGAAACCACCUUGUCAAAUGCAAUCCAGGUCUUGCAAGGGACACCCAUCUCCUCUGAUUAUCAGCAGAGUGAAAGCUGCGUGGCUCAGACUCCAGCUGCAGAAGAGAGUUUGCUGGAGGAACAGAAACUCAUUUCCCAGCAGCAGCAAGUUGAAAUGUCUGAUGGAGACCAGUUAAGAUUGCUUUCUGAGAGGAUAGCAUUUGAAGCCUCCCUGAUCAACCAAAUAGCAGAAUCUUUGAAAAAUGCAAGCUCAGAGAUUUCCCAGAUUCUCAGAGAGAUUCAUGGGACAGCUGAGGUGGUUUUUUUAGAGCCGGCAAAUGUGUCACACACAGCAAUCGCCUUGGCCAACAUCUUAUCUAAGAAGCUGCUACUGGAAGGUGAAUUUUGGAGCCAGGUGGAAGAAUUGAGAAAGCACUUGGGCACCAGAGAAGAGGCGGUAGAAAGCAAAACAGAAGCAGUUAGUUUUAGUUUUCCCCAAUGCCUUGUCCAAACAGUAGCUGAUGCUACAUUGAUCAGGGCAGAACUUGGUUUUGUUGCACAGAAGAUGCGAGAGUCUUUUCAUCAGAGGUUAAAAACAAUUGAAGAAGACCUCCACAAUACCAAAACAGCUCUCCAGCAACAUAAAUGCAUGUUGGAGGAAAUCAUCAAAGCAUAUAGGACCUCUGAAUUUGACAGGGUUAUGCAUCAGAUUUCUGAAGCACUUGAAAUCCAAAAGGAUGCUUCAGAAAGAACCCAAACCUCUUGGGAUAGGAGCCAUCUCAAGGUGAUGCCAUGUCAAGAUUCAGCCAAGAUGAUGCAGGCCCAUGGUUUGCCAGACCAUAGUAGUGAAGCACUUGUUGCCAUUCAAGAAGACCUUGCCCAACAACUAAAAGAAAAAGCAAAUAUUCUUAAAGAAAUAUCUGUUGCCUUACUAUCCUUGUCCCCUGAGGAAGCCAUACGCGAUUGCCAGAAGCUCCUAAAAAUUUCUCAAAGUCUUUCAUAUCAUACGUCCAUGGGAGAUCUUGAGCGCUAUUCAUCAUUGUUAGUUCAAGAUGCAAUUAUCCAGGCUCAGGUUUGUUAUGGGGCUUUCAAAGUUAGACUCGAGUAUGAAAGGGAGCUAAAGUUUUACAAAGAGUCCUUGCAAAACAUGGAUGCUCUGUGUCAAGAACGCGUAAAGACGGUGUCCGCCCUUCGUGAGGAGUAUGAAGACUUGCUUCGAAAGCAGCAGAGUGAAUAUGCUGAGAUGAUAGCCAUCAUUGAAAGAGAGAAUGUAGACCUUAAGGCAAAAGUCUCUCAGCUGGACAGUCAGCGGAAGCUCUUGGAAGAAGAAGAGCACAAACACAGCAAAAACUUAUGUGAGUUACAAGGCAGGUAUGAGGAGGAGAUGCAAAAUGUGAUUGAGCAGUUGAAUAGGACGGAGGACACUCUGCAGGCAGAGAGAACAGAGGGCCUAAAUCAACUUGAUGCCAUCGUCCGAGAUAAGCAAAACAUGGAGACGUAUCACCUUGAGCAAAUGCAAAUGUUGGAGGAAAAGUUCCAGGCCAAGAUAAAGGAACUGCAAAUCAUCCACAAUAAGGAACUGCAUACUUUGCAGGAGCAUUACAACCAGAACCUGCAGUGCUUACAAGAAACACUAGACAAUUACCAGAGGCAGCACCCAGAAGCUUUGCCUUCUGAAGGGUCUGAAACCAGUGACGGGAAUGAGUGGGCAACAGAUCAGCCCGAGGGUGGGAUGCAGGUCUCCGAGAGCGAGUUAAACUCCAUGCACGGUUUGAGAGAGCGCAUUCAAGAGCUGGAGGCCCAGAUGAAUGCCAUGAGGGACGAACUGGAGAACAAGCACGUGGAGGGGAAUGCUUCAGCACUGAGGGAAAAAUACCAGAAAGACUUUGAGAACCUGAAGGCGACAUGUGAACGUGGGUUUGCGGCCAUGGAAGAGACGCAUCAGAAGAAGAUUGAGGAUCUGCAGAGGCAGCACCAGCGGGAACUGGAGAAACUGCGGGAGGAGAAAGAUCGCCUGCUAGCGGAAGAAACAGCCGCUACCAUCUCGGCCAUCGAAGCCAUGAAGAACGCCCACCGCGAGGAGCUGGAGAGGGAGCUGGAGAAGACCCAGCGCUCCCAGAUCAGCAGCGUCAACUCGGAUAUUGAGGCCCUCAGGAAGCAGUACUUGGAGGAGCUGCAGUCGGUCCAGCGGGAACUGGAAGUCCUUUCGGAGCAGUACUCCCAGAAGUGCUUGGAGAACGCUCAUUUGGCCCAGGCCCUGGAGGCUGAGAGGCAGGCCCUCCGCCAGUGCCAGCGCGAGAACCAGGAGCUCAACGCACACAAUCAGGAGCUGAAUAACCGCCUGGCUGUGGAGAUCACGCGGUUACGGACCGGGGAGGGAGGGGGAGAGGCUGAUGGCUCACCUCUCACGCAGGGCAAGGAUGCCUAUGAGUUAGAGGUCCUAUUACGGGUCAAGGAAUCAGAAAUCCAGUACCUGAAGCAGGAGAUCAGCUCCCUCAAGGAUGAGCUGCAGACGGCACUGCGGGAUAAGAAAUACGCCAGUGACAAGUACAAAGACAUCUACACGGAGCUGAGCAUCGUGAAGGCCAAGGCAGACUGCGACAUCAGCAGGUUGAAAGAGCAGCUGAAGGCAGCCACAGAAGCGCUGGGCGAAAAAUCCCCCGAGAAUACCAGUGUGUCGGGAUACGAUAUCAUGAAAUCAAAAAGCAACCCCGACUUCUUGAAGAAAGACAGAUCCAGUGUUAGCCGGCAACUAAGGAAUAUCAGGUCAAAGUCCGUUAUUGAGCAGGUCUCAUGGGAUAACUGAAAUGAACCAGAGUCCAGGUUCCCUGUCACGUAGAGUCUGAAGGAAGGCCUGACCGUGCAAGAACGCUUGAAGCUCUUUGAAUCCAGGGACUUGAAGAAAGACUAGUUCUCCCCCUUCAGCUUGAACACCUCCCAGCUUGCGAUGGCACGGCACGAGCACCGUGUGUUCCUACUUCCUUAUGAUCCUCUGUGCUGUUGUUCGUCUCGAUGCUCCCGAUCGGACUGAGUGCGGCUGGCGGUUCUUCCCGCCCCGGCACCUUGACUCCACGGCUCCUUUCCCCGCAUCGCGAAAUGCUUCAGAGACUCUGCGAGGGAGAGGAGGGGAUGGAGUCCUGCCGCCUUUGGCUCCUUCCUUCACUGUAAACCAUUACACCAAGUGUCAGUAUUAAGGCUCAGCAGCCUAUCGAUAAGCUAGCUCUGUCAUUCCGACUGCUUUGGUUUAGCAAUGGCCUGGCUGGCCUAGGCCAGACCCAGCUCUGCUGCUGUGUGAGUGACCCGCUGCUCAGUCACACACCGUGAGCCAGUCCUCUGAGCUUGCAUUCGUGGCACCUCCGGGGAAAAGCCUGUGGUGAAAACGUCAGGAAAGGCAGGUCUGUUUGUGUCGGAAGCAGCCCCAUCCGUCAGGUGUGUGCUUGGGUCACAACGCCAAUAGCCCACUAGCUGCCGGAGAAGAAUGAGGGGAGUCUCCCAACCCAGAGCCCCAGCAGGUCUUGGCCUUGGCUUGUUUUCAGUCUGUUACAGCCAGAGCGUUACAGGUGUUUGUUAAACACAGAUUUCAACCAAAUCCGCCCCUAAGGCCCAUCUCCUCUCUUCCUAUCAUGCCUGUGCCCUGAGUAAUGUGCUUCCAGGGACUGAGCUGCAGGGCCUGUCUACCCAAAUCCAGCCCCCUCCUGCCACUCUCCCUUCUUCCCAUCAGCCACUGUGUGUGUGAGCGCUUCCCUGCCCCGUUCUGAGGGGGAUACUGAGCGGAAGACAGAGCCCGCGCUGGCUGCGAACACACACAGCUCAGUCCAAAGGCAGCUCCGAUUUCAGCUCCUCUCACCACCAACAGCUCCGAUUUUAAUACUCGUAUCUAUGGCUACAUUUUACUUUCCAAAGCUCUGCUCCAAACUAAGAGCCUCAGAACUUGCAUGUUCUCCAAACCAUCCAUAUUGCAGCUUCCCAGGACAUCUUCCUGCCUGCUCCCAGCUCCUGAAUGAGGAUCGCUCUUAAAAGUCCAUUUAGCAACACUGCGCAGCAUGAGACCAAUGGAGUGAAGUAAAAAUGAGUGAGGGAAUUGUGGGAACCCAGCGGUGGAGGUGCAGCAUUAAACCAGUGUAGCCUGACAAAGGGGAGGGGGAAAGAAUCUCUCGUCCUGUAGGUCCUCACUCAUCUCUGCAGUGGCCAUGGUGGCUUAUGGCCAUGGUGGCAACAGCAUCCACGUACUUUCUCCCCUGUACGCCUCCUUGCUUCUGUGCCACGUGCCACCGAUUGACAAGGCAACUCCUGCCUCAACUCUGAGACUAGGGCAUUUUCCAACACAAGCAGUUUCUAACCGAGCUUGGCUAUCUAGUAUGGACAGGUCUAAAUCACAUUGGACUGUGCCCUUAACUCUGUAGGGAGCCAGGCUACUGCCUCUCUCAAACUGUGUCUAAAUACAGUUCCGCGCUAGCUGUGCUUGUUUGGCCAGCUUGGUUAAGGGGUAGUGCCCCUCGCGAGCCUGCCCAGUGCUCUGAUGCCCUCUGCCCCAGGAAUGCUCAGUGUAGUCUGGAAGGCUUCGUUUACAAAGCGCCAUUUGGAGCCCCCGUGUGCAGAGUGGCGGCCAUGCCUGACCCUGGCAGCAUGCAGGGCCAAUGGGGGAGUUUCUAGCCUGCUUUGACAGGGGUUGGACAAUCCACCUGACUUUCCUCUGUGACUAUGGAACCACUGGCUAAAGCAGGUUUGAAACUCAUUUCUGGUCUCUCCCAUCGGCCACCCAUGUUGCCACGGUCCCCAAGGAUCUCCCGCCUUGCCAGGAUGGCUGCCGCCAGCUUGGGACUUGAUGAUUCUCAGCAGGCUUCUUAGCUCUGCCUUCCUGGUGAGAGGAGCUGCUUGUGUGUCCCACAGAUACCCAAAAAGCACAUUGAGUUCUCAGCUUAGUUGGUGGCUGGGGGCUGUUUAAAUAAGUCCCAUCACCACCCCAACCCUGCCCUCAGAUUUCACCCAGAGCCGCAUUGCUGAAACCCCUCACACUAGUGACUCUACUGGUGAUGCUAAGUAAUGGGUCCCCCCCAACCUCCAGUAGCCAUGGUGUGGGCCUGCCUUCCAGCUGAGGAGGCCUAGAUGUCACUCCCUCCCUCCGUGUUCUUUAAUCAGCCGGAGGAGACACUGUUUAGUCAGAGGAGGCAUUCCUUCCCUGCCCCAAAUUCUCACCCGCUCUGCAGGGCCUGAGCUUGUCGCUGCUGUUAGAUUCUGCUCAUUCUGUUCUUGGAAGAUGUCAAAGCUCUCGGCCUGAUUCAGCUUCCGCUUAUCCCUGUAGCUCCAUUGGCUUCAAUGUGGUUCCUCAUUCUCACCACCAUGAGAUCAAAACCAGGCCCAGGAUGAACUCUUGAGGGCCAAACUCUGAUGGAGCUGGGGAUGGGGUGACUUCAGUGGGAGCUACAAGCAGCCAAGGGCAAUGUGGUCUUUGGGCUGAACUCUGGACCCCACAAGCUGUGAGGGGACAUGUCUCGCAGGCCAUUGGGGAUGUUGGUGCUGUGACACAGGUUGCAUCUGGCUCUAGAUACUGCCAGGGGAGGGUUUGCUCACCUGCUGUGUUCCCUAUACCGUAUAUGUCCUUCCACGUGCAGCAGAGGUCUUCAGACAUCACCUAAGAGACCCAGCUUGCUCCGUCCUUGACCUUUCCUGGUCUUCUCACAUCAGCAACCACCAGAAGAGAAGAUCCCUUUGUUCUUAUGCUCCAUCCCCACCUGGUUGGGGUGGAGGGUGUCUGCCCUCUGCUAGCUUUCCAACCCUGAAUUCUCCGUUCAGAUGGUGGAGCCUAUGGGACACAGGCAUGGGUAGCAUGAAGUCCUUCAGCGUUGGGAUUUCUCCUCCCUCACCUCAAAACAGUCCACUGGAAUGUGACAUUUCCAAGGAGGACACACCUCAGCCUGUGCUCCCUUGGAGUCUGGUGAGGGCUUCUUACUGCUAAACCAUCUGAGCAAGGUGUGUUCUGUUCUCCUGUUGGAAAAGCCACUUCUCUGUCUCUUCCUCUGGCCAGCUGGGCUCCGAGCUUCUUGCUACCGAACGAGCUAAUUGCUGCUGCUUUGUUCACUUCUUUUGGUUACGAUCAGUUACUUCAAGGGUGAGAAAUGAAGGUCACACACCUUUUCUCCAUUUAGAGUUGUAUGCCAGGGAGAUGGAGGCUACAGGAUGGUGCUGUAGAUACCCACGGCCUGAUGCCCUUUGUGGUACAGCUUCAUGGCACUGAGCCUCAAAGAGAUCCUGAUAGUGAUGCUCCCAGGGGGUUGAAGCCACCUUUUUUCUGCCAUGCACUUCCCCACUCCAGCCACUCUUCUCUUGAGGCUCAGUCUCUCUCUGCUUAGACCAGGAACUCUCAGUGAGUUAUUGGGAUCUCUUUUUUAUUAUUAUUAUUUUUUUUAAACCUCUGCGUCUAUCCAGAUCCUGAUUUCAUAAUGGUAGAGGAGGAAGUGUCUGGUGUAACCACACAGAUGUAGAUACCAUUAGGAUGAUGCUGUGCGGAGCUGGCUUGGAGGAGGGGUUGCAGCAUGCUGAUGGACAGCUUGGUGGCAUUUUUGGCAGAGGUGGAGAAGGAAAACCGUGGUUGAAGUGGGGACUGUCUUUUCCAUCUUUUGACCCAGCUGGUGUACAUGGGUGAGGACAUGGGGAAAGGCACUGUGGUAUGUUUUCAAAGUGGAAGCACUUAGAUAGUAGCUAGUGUAAAGGGAGAGCAGGGAGAGAAGCGUGUAAAGCAGUGGAAUAGCAGGCCACGUAAUAAGAGGUGGCAUUGAAGAAAUGGCAGAUCCAGCGGGUUGGUCUGAACAGCUUUCUGCUUGUGCUCUAGUCCCAUAAUUAUCCUGUAAAGAUGCAACUUGGGGAACAGGGAGGGCUUGGUCAGGUGAUAUACAGGGUCCCAAGGGCUGAGGCAGAGAAGAAAACUGCUUAGAGGAAGAUAAUCUUUUAUUUGAUGGGUUUCUUAGCCCAUUAUCCUUUCUCAUGUGCACAUACCCCAAGCAAAAGACUGUAAUUAGGGAAGCUUUGAAUAGCCCAUGUCAAUUUCUUCUCUUGAGGAGAUGUGCAUAGUUCUGUGAAAGUCCCGGGACCUGGCUAUGGUGGAUGAGACACUGGCAGUAACAGAUUUAAGCAAGAUGUUCAAGCUAGCUGGUAUUUUGUCUGUAAGGCUGGUAUAUCUUUAUUUCCUACCUUACUGCAAACUCGUCAUCCUGUGACCUCCAUCUUCCUGGGUCAAUGGAUCAGCUCAAAAGGAUUUGCUUCAAGGUGUGCCAGGACUAAUGGAUCAGCAGAAUCUGAACUUGUGGGAAUGGAUCUGUCAGUGAAGGUUUGCAACUGGGGAUCUUCAGAUAAUGCAUCUUGGUCCACUUUUCUGGGCCUACAUACUGCCCUUAAAAGCUAACUAGACAAGCAGUUUCACUGGGAUGAAAUGGAGCCACAGAUACCAGCUGUAGCCAAAACAAAAAUCCAGUGUUACAAGAAAUGAGCUCCUCUGGAGAGGACAUAAACACCGUGCAUGGAGGGGUGAUUGGGACCACCCUUUGGUGUAUAUUUUUAAAGCUUCUAAGAACCUCUAACAGGCCAAAUAAGUGUGUGUUUUGCUGAACUUGUUCUAAAAUAUUUAACACCUAAACAAAGGGUCUCGUACAAACAUUUGUUAUAUACUGUCCCUUGUAAGAGCAGGUGCGUUCUGAAGCAGACACAUCUCCAAAGAGGGACUUAAGCUUUGUUUUUAAUGUUUUUCUGCUGUGCACGGGGUAUGCGCUCUAAAGUCAGUUGUUCAAGGGGGCAGAAGAGCAGCUGGCUCUGUGCCCAUCUGUGUAGCUUCUCCAUCCCAUCUGACUGCUGCGCUCCCAACUGGAAUAAACAUUGCAAUACCUGAUACUUCCAGAGGUCAAGAACAAAAACGCUGUGGUGCAAGCACGCACUUCUGUUCUCUGAUGUGCUGGCAGAGGCCUCAUUGCCAUUUUCUCCCUGUAGUUUUGAUGGGCACCUACCUGAGCUGGGAGGAGCCCUCAUCAAAGUAUUAGGCAGCGUGUUCACCUCCACUCCACCCCCAGUAAACACAGAAAUCUACCACAGGUUAAAAAAAAAAAAAUUGCGAAAGUCUUAGCUGAGUGCAAGGUUCUGUGUUUCACCCCAGCUCUGCCUUCUGCUUCAGGCUUCAUCUUUCUCCAUGAGGCUAGAAAUCAGUGUUUCUCAGAUUGAACCGGGGGGGCAUAACAAGAGAACCCCCCCUUCAACCCCUUUGCCCAAGACACUUUCUGAUUCCAUCUGCAUCUUCGUGUGUGUGUGAGAGACAGCAGAGGAUUUUCCAAUUCACUUUUCCUCUGGCUGUGUUCCAGGCACCCUCCAUACACGACAGGGCAAAUUGGCAUGGUAGCUGUCUCACUUGCAGUGCUCCUCAAGGGCACCAUAUAUACAGUGUGUGAAUACAUAUAUAUAUUGCAAGCAGCUGCAUUUUAUACAGUCCUACACUAUGAAAAGUACGAGAAUGGGAGGUCUAAUAAAACCAAGUUCAAAGUAGCCGUAGAAACAUACAAACUUUCUAAUUGCUUCCAAAGUUUUGUCUUUUGUGGAGUAUUUUUCAGCCAUUUUUUUUUCCUUCUGGAAACAAUUAGAUUUAAGUCCUUUUUAACUGUGAUUUCCCUUCCCCCCACCCCUUUUAUCCAUCUAAGAGGGAGCAAUUUUUUUUUCCAUUUGCUUCAAAAGCAGAAUUUGUGCUGAUGUGCAAAACACAAGGCUAUUUUUCUGUAACCGGUUGAAUGGAGUGCAUUUAAGCAGUCCUAAGCAUUGUAAAAUGUGUCACUUUUGUAAUGACUAUAUACAUGAUUGAAAUUCCACUAGACCUUUGCAUUUUUGUGGUUCAUACACCGUGCUUAGUUUGUUGUGAACACUUAAGCACAUGCACGCUCAGUGUAGCUUGCCUUUACUUUGUAAUUUUUUCCAUUUUUUUUAAAAAAGCUUUGUUAUUCUCUUUAAAAUAAUUUAAAACCUGUAUAGUAUUCAAAGCACGCAAUGUAAAUAUUUAUUACUCAGAAGUUAGCGGAGGGUUUUUUUGUGUGUGUGUGACUAAGUUCUGUUUUUUGGGUUUUUUUUUUAAUCUUGUUCUAAUACAGAUGUCCCUUUGGGGACUGGAAGAGAUUUGAGUGUAAGAUGCUGAACCUAUCCUGUGUCCUCUUAUUAGAAUGUUUUUUUGAUGACUGUUAUAAAUAUCUUUUAAAAUUCUCUGACCUGUACCUUUCGCUUUGAAGAUACCUGUCCAAAGAAUGUGUCCAGUCUGAGAACUGUUAAUCCUAAAGCGCUAUAAAUUGUUUUUCCAUUGAAGUCAGUAAUCUUGUAUUUGAUAGUGGCAUUAACACCCUGUGAAUGUGCAAAAUUGCUAUCUAUAUAUAGAAGUAGUAACUACUGUGUGACUAGAGCAUACACAGAUAUCCUUGCACGGUAACUUAGGACUGUUGCAGUGAGUGAACUAAGGUUCCAGGAUCUUAGGCCUAGUGUAUAAUUGUCUAACUCACUUAUGCAUCAGCAUUGAAGCUACUCUGUGAGGCUACAUGGAAUUUACAAGGGAACUAUCUCCUAGCUGUGCAGUUACAUAUUGUACAACAGCAUGGACGUUUACUGUAACUUACAAUGAUAUGUAAGUAACUGUUUAAAAUAUAACUUUCAAUACAUCGUAGUUACUACUGAGUUGCACUUAUGAUGUGAUCCCUACCACUGUAAUACAGAGCUUUUCUUAAAAGUGGCUGCAGAAAUAUUGUUGCAUGACUGGGGAAGGACACUGAAGAGUCAUGAAGGCUGAAAACAAAGCUGUCAGCUCUAGUGGUUUAACUUGCCUCAGCCUGCACUUUAAGAGACUACUAGAGAAGGAGGGGGCUGGAGGCAUUAGCAGAAACCUGACUAGCCUUUGAAUUGGUACCAACAGCACUAACCCUCCUGGCCACUGACAUUAGUUUAGUGCAAUCACAAGCAAUUAUUUCAUCACCCUUCCUGUCUACCCUACACCAUGAACGUGUGCUGGAUGGGGCAGGAACACUGACUCUUUGUUCUAAUCUAGAGAGAGCCGAGUGUGUUGUAAAAUACUGAAGACUUUGACAUGUAGCAAAUAGAUGAGGAUUUAGUCUUUGAUACACAUUCGCCCUUUGGGGACCUGGAGUUUUCAGUUGACUUGAGAUUUUAAACUUUGGGGGUAGGGGGGCAAGAGGGAAACUAUGUAUUUGAAUGAUAAUUCUGUGAAGUGGCAAUAGACACCCAAGUAUUGAUGGUCAAUCUUCCUCACUUCACACCACCAACCCAAUCAGAAUUGAGGGACUGCCUUAGCUCUGUCCUGUGCAUGCCUUCCAUCAGCGACCCCAGUCAGGGGAGAUGGGUUCCUGACUGAAAUGCACGCACCCUCCACUACCAGCUGAGUUGCAAGAGCUUCAGUUCCUGGUGGAGAUGGAAAUAGAAAUCAUGAUUAGUUGUGGUUUAUGGUGAACACCCAAGAGUCAACCAUAACAUCUCCAGUUCCUGUGAUGAUGCAAGACAGAGAGAGCCACCUGUCCAACCUGACUGCAUGGUGUUAAUGGCAGCAGAUCAAACCUAGAAGAUUGUGUAACUUACUUCCUGGGUUGCUACUGUGGUGGUGAGAGACUUGUGCACCUGUCUCAGAACUAGCACAAAACAAGGGUGGUGACCAGGGAGAAGUGGCAGCUGUGUUCCAUCAGGCUGCAGGUCUGAAUGGUGUGCAUAAGGGGAGGGUUCCACACACCUCACCCAGCAAUGGAGUGAUGUGUCAGACCUGAUCCAUUUCCUCUUGCACAGGCCUUUGAGGCCCCUGGGAUACUGAGUAUGAGUGGAAUCUUUUUUUCUCUCUCCCUCCCACCGUUGCUUUUAUUUCAGUGCUUUAAAAAAAAAAAAGCCACUGUUCACUGUAAUAGAAGCAUCACUUUGGUCACAAUAUUUAUUCCUUACAAAUCUUGUGUGACAUGCUAGGUUCCCAUGGAUGUAGCUGAUCAUUUUUAUUUUGUAAAUAUAAUUACUUAACUUUACAUAAACUAUAUCGUAAUAAACUAUUUUUGCACCACC